UGGAUGACACCACAAGCAGGACCUGUCUUCACGUACAAGAAAGCCAGCGGACAGACCUUUGCUGACCCGGAAAUGACGGUUUCGGCAAGGUCACGGAUCCACUGCGCCAUCGCGUGUAGGAAAUACCCACACUGCACUGCGUUCGCGUACGACGACCAACGUUCCUCGUGUUUGCUUCGAUCUGCGAUGUCGGCGACCUCCGACCCUGCCAAAGGAUUAUCCCUGUACACAGACGAGUCGCACUGUCCAUACACCGCACUCAAUAUCAGUCACGGGUCAGUGACGUUACAGAGGUCACUGUGGUCAGUGGAAGGGAACGUCACCUGUGACAACGACUACUUUCUUCUCCAAAAUGUGACUCCAGCGGUCACGUGCCUGGCUAAUGGCCGCUGGACAUCAAUCAACGCUGAGUGUGCCAAGCGAGUGUGGAGAUACCCUGAGACGAAGAAUUUUUACGGUGUGCAUUUUCCUAUACCUGGGACAGUCGUCACGGCUGGUCACUGUGUGUCGAGGGUGUUCCUACAAACAACACAGUCAUACCAAUAAAUGUAUACAGCGGACCAAACGUUUACCUCCACGUUAAAUGGCUGUUAAAUGGGGGUUAUCUAGGAAUCAAUGACUGGAAAAAUGGAUCGUGGGGAUCAGAGAUAGGUGUGAGGAAUCCUCCAUUCCCCUUGACAGUGGGAAAACCCUUCUUCUACAGAAUGAUCCGUGACCAACUCCACUUCUGUCGGCGUGAGUGCA